AUGUCUAAGCCCUCCCCGUCGGCCAAGGACGUGGUGAAAUACUUGAAAAGAAGAUCUGGUGACCUUUUGCAUUUGCACAGCGACAGCGGCAUGAAAACCGUGGAAGAACACCUCGACGCGAAGUCGGGGCCCUGCAAUAGACUCUCGUUUGACGUUGGUGUCUGCGAAAAUCGGAACUCAAAGUAUAGACCCAGCAUGGAGGACGUUCACACGUAUGUGGCGAACUUUGCUGAGAGGCUGGAUUGGGGGUAUUUUGCGGUGUUUGACGGCCACGCGGGCAAGAAUGCCGCUAGGUGGUGCGGGUCGAACCUGCACAACAUCCUUGUGGAGAAGAUAAUGGAUGACGACAACGUGGACCUGCGCGAGAACCUGAACAGCAGUUUUCUGGAGGCCGACGUGCAGAUGGAGCGCGAAAUCCAAGGCUCCAGCGGGUGCACUGCCGCGGUGGCGGUGCUGCGAUGGGAGGAGGAGAUUGACGAUUCUGCGAGCGAGGACGAGGUCGACCCAAAGACGACGCCCUUCGACUUCUCCUCCGACAAGCUGGAGCAGCAGCGGAUCGUCAACAGCGGCGGGAUAAUGCUCAAGAACCGCGUCAACGGCGUCCUGGCAGUGACGCGCUCGCUCGGCGACGUCUACCUGAAAAGUCUGGUGAUAGGAGCGCCUUUUACGACAUGCACAGAGCUAACCGACCAGGACGACUUUUUGAUACUAGCGUGCGACGGACUGUGGGACGUGUGCUCGGACCAGGACGCCGUGGACCUGAUCAAGGACGAGAUGGACCCGUACAAGGCGAGCGACACCCUGUGCAAGCUGGCCAUCAGCAAGAUGAGCACCGACAACGUGACGGCCAUGGUGGUGCGGUUCGACACCAGGGUUUUUGCGUAUACCGAGCCGCACCGCCGCGCAGCAGAGUGA